AGGACCCGCCUGGUGUCGACAACAUGGCAGCGUCCAGCCGGGCCCAGGUGCUGCGGUUGUAUCGGGCUCUGCUGCGGGAGAGUCAGCGCUUCAGCGGCUACAACUACAGAAUGUAUGCCAUCAGAAGGAUAAGAGAUGCCUUCAGAGAAAACAAGAAUAUAAAGGAUUCUGAAAAAAUAGAAGAACUAGUGAAUAAAGCCAAAGCAAACCUAGAGAUUAUUCAUCGGCAGGUUACCAUUGGCCAACUGUAUUCCACAGAGAAACUGGUUAUUGAGAGUCCAGGAAAUACAUAGCUCUGAGAAGACUGAUCCUGAUGCAACACUGGACCAUCUUCAGUAUCCUACAGUGCCACAUACAGAUGCAUAAACUUUCUGCAUACGUCUGAGCUUUUCUGUUCAACAUGAGAAACGCCUGAGAGACUGUUUUUGGCAACCAAAGUACUAUUUUGUAAUAGUUCACAUGUUCUGAAAUAUAUUGCUGUGAUUUGUAAUAGCAUGUAAGAUAGUCUUGAAAUCUGUGUGCUUGCAUGUCUUGUGAUGGAAUAGUCCCUGCCCAAGUUUGACAAUAAAACUUCAUUAAACUACCUGUAACCUGAUAAAUUAUUCUGCUGGUGACCUUAUCGCUCACU